CUGCCUUUCCAGACAAGGCUAAUUAUAUUGUCCACUCACCCGUUCAUUCAUUCCAGCAAGUCCUGGCCUGUGGUAUCAUGUAGGUCUUAAAAUUGUUCAGAUUUUUCCUCCAGUCUGAAAUGGUAGAGAACCUUGCAUAAAGGACAUGCUGAUUUUACACCUCAAGAACAUUGCUUAAUAGCUUUAAUCUGAAGAAAUAUAUUAUAUGGUAAAGCUCUGACAGACUACCAAACUUGUCAACACCCAGAGAGCAUUUAAUUUGUUUUGGAUCAGAAGCACUUAAUACCACUGCAAUUGUUACAAUGGAAACUCUAAGACAAAUACAAAGUUUUGGAAUCCGUGUUACUUGUAUGUAUCCCAUAGCAUCCGGUAUGGUGUUCGCCACUGUUCUAGUUUCUUGCUGCUCAUCUCUGAACAUAAGAGCUCGUCCACUUAUUUCUAAUUCACCAUUCCUUUCUAUCUGGAAUGCUCCUACAGAACUUUGUACUGAAAGGACUGGAGUGCAUCUGGAUAUGACGUUUUUUUCUCUCAUUGGAAGCACAUUGAAGACAUCCAUCGGGCAAAAUAUUACUCUAUUCUACCCAGACAGGCUUGGUUAUUAUCCUUACAAAAACGAAAUCACAGGAGAGGCAUUCAAUGGAGGACUCCCCCAACUCUUGCAGCUGGAGAAUCAUUUAAAAAAAGCCAAAGAGGACAUUCAGUUCUAUAUUCCUUCAGAUGAACAGUUUGGAUUGGCUGUCAUUGACUGGGAAAACUGGAGACCUGUGUGGAUAAGGAAUUGGGGAUCAAAAGACAUUUAUAGACAGGAAUCCAUUGAACUCGUUCAGCAGAGAGAUGUAAGUCUAUCAGAAGCUGAAGCCAGGACUAUAGCUAAAAUGGAAUUUGAAGCUGCAGCAAAAUCUAUUAUGUUGGAGUCUUUGAAGCUGGGCAUAGCAACGAAACCAAAACGUCUAUGGGGAUACUACCUUUACCCAGACUGUUAUAACUAUGACUACAAACAAAACCCACAUAAUUAUACGGGAACCUGUUUGGAUAUUGAAAUAGCAAGAAAUAAUGAGCUUAAUUGGUUGUGGGAGAAAAGCACAGCACUUUAUCCAUCUGUCUAUCUAGAGACAGCCUUAAGAUCUUCCAGAAAUGCCCAACUCUUUGUUCGCAACAGAGUUCGAGAAGCCAUUAGAGUUUCGUAUGUCUCCAAUUCUACUUACCCCCUUCCAGUUUUUGUAUAUACACGACCAGUGUUCACAGAUGUCUAUGAGGAAUAUCUCUCUCAGGAUGACCUGGUAAAUACCAUUGGAGAAUCUGCUGCACUGGGUGCUUCUGGAAUUGUGAUCUGGGGCGAUAUGAAUUUAACACAAAGUAAGAACACCUGUAAGACUCUGGACAACUACCUUAGGAGGACUUUGACUCCUUACCUCAUCAAUGUCACAAUGGCAGCCAGAAUCUGUAGCCAAGUAUUAUGCCAAGAUUCUGGUGCCUGUGCACGGAAAAAAUGGAAUUCCAGUGACUAUCUUCACUUGAACCCCGAGAAUAUUGUCAUUCGAAUGACAAAAGAUGGAAAAUACACUUUACAGGGGCAACCAGCAUUUCAGGAUCUACAAACAUUCAUAGAAAAAUUUGACUGCCACUGUUAUGCAGGGCACACUUGUGAACCUCGAGUUAAUAUCAAUGACAUCCAAUACCUCCAUGCUUGCAUUUCAGAAGAUAUUUGCAUUCAGAUAUCCUCAAAUUCACUUUCUAAUAUAGAAGCUUCUGAUGAAAAGAUCCUGUCUAACAGGACCGUAUUUUCACUUACCUCUCAGAGUAAGGUGACAUUAUCUACACAUCCUGAAAUAGAAGCCUUCCAACCUGACAUUGGAAAUAAUAUUCUCCAGAUAACUGCUGCAGAAUAUAACACUGUCACGGCUGCCACUAUAUAUGAUGUAGAAGCAAAUGACACUCGUACUUUCAGUAGUUCUUCACCCUAUAAAAUAAGGAUGUUUAAUCUGCUCUGUUUAAUUCUGAUUUUUAGAACCUUAAUAUAGAUGACUCAUGAAAGUGAGAAUAUUCUUUUCCCUUAGCUGUGUUUGAAAUUCUAAAGGUUUUAUUUGCACAGAGAAAUCACUCCUGAAAGGUGUAAAAUAGGUGCAGCUUUGUGGUCUUAUCUGUAACAGGUAACCUUUUCUAUUCCUUAGGUGACAUUUCAGUUUGAAUGUUAUUUCUCCAGUUUAGUUCUAUAAACUACUAUUUGUGCCAAAAAUAUACUAGUCUGUAUAUACUGAUUAUACCUAUGAAAGGAUAAUCCAGAAUGAGAAACUUUUUUUUUACAGUUUACAUUUUUAAGUUACAUUUGAAAAACAAAUUUGUUGAUAAUGCCAUUUUGUAUACAACAAGUUCAACCAAUUAAAUCCGUCACGAUCCAGACUGCAUUCUGAGCAGUCAACAAGUUUAAUA